GGGGCUGUUUUCUUCCUGUACUCCCCUGCACUGAUCUUCCUGCUGCAGAUGAAGACGACAUUGAUCCAUCAACACUGGAUUUUAACCUAAUUAGCUUCACAAGGGCCAGCUCUAACUCUGAAAUGCUCCUUACACAUAAACUUAUAUGAGACGCCGUCUGAUUAACGUUUGCUUCCUGUUGAGUGUGGAUCUGAAACUGAAGCGGAGCAUGGCUCCUCUGCCCACGCCUCUCUGUGAGCGGGGCAGGUCGGUCUCCGCUCUGUUCCCUCCUCAGUCGGUGAAGGAGUCACUGGGGCUUUGCAAAACUGCAAGUCCCAGACAUCUCGGCUUCAGUGAAGCUGGAACCAGGGCUUGAAUAACAUGGCAGCGCCGUCCGGCAACACUUGCGGGGUCAUGGAGCGGUCUGUCCGGGAGCGGGUCCCCCCGCUGCUGACGGACCUGUACCAGUUCACCAUGGCGUACGCGUACUGGCGCGCCGGCCGACACCAGGAGCCCGCCGUGUUCGAGCUCUUCUUCAGGGACAAUCCGUUCGGCGGCGGCUUCUCGCUGUUCGCUGGACUGCAGGACUGCCUGCUGUUCCUGCGCAGCUUUCGCUUCACGCACGACGAUGUGGAGUUCCUGCGCUCCGUCCUGCCCCCGGCCACCGACCCGGCGUUCUUCCAGUUCCUGCGAGGCCUGGACUGCUCCGGCGUCACGCUGCGCUCCGUCCCAGAGGGCACAGAGGUGUUUGCCAGGGUGCCGCUGAUAGAGGUGGCAGGCCCGCUGGCUGUGGUUCAACUGCUGGAGACCAGUUUACUGUGUCUGGUUAACUACGCCAGUCUGGUGUGCAGUAACGCUGCCCGUUUCCGCCUGGCGGCCGGCCCUCAGAGGAAGCUGCUGGAGAUGGGCCUCAGGAGGGCUCAGGGACCAGAUGGAGGACUCACCGCCUCACGAUACACAUUCAUUGGAGGGUUUGAUCUCACCAGUAACGUUCAGGCUGGUUUCCUGUUUGGGAUCCCAGUCGCAGGGACCAUGGCGCACUCGUACGUCACUUCCUUUAGCUCCCUGGAUGAGGUCGUGCCACGAACUCUCGUGGCAGCGAACGGGGGCCCAGAUCCGGUCGACUUCAUUUCGUUGACAAGGGGCUGGUUGAGUCGUGUCUGUGAGCUUCUGGGAGCAGAGCCUGGGAAGAUCCGUGAGGGCGAGUUGGCCGCCUUUUUGUCCUACGCCAUCGCCUACCCUCACAACUUCCUCCCUGUGAUUGACAGCUACAGCGUUGGCUGUAGUGGUCUGCUGAACUUCUGCGCUGUGGCCUUGGUGCUGUGUGAGCUGGGAUACAGGCCUGUGGGGAUUCGCCUGGACAGCGGGGACCUCUGCAGGCAGUCCAUCGAUGUCCGUCGCGUCUUCAGACUCUGCAGUGAGCAUUUCUCCGUCUCUGCCUUCGAUUCACUGAUCAUUGUCGGGACCAAUAACAUCUCAGAGGAAAGCAUGGCAGAGCUUAACGGCAAGGAGAACGAGCUUGAUGUGAUUGGUGUUGGAACGCAUCUGGUCACCUGCACAAAACAGCCCUCGCUGGGCUGUGUGUAUAAGCUGGUGGAGGUGAGGGGGAGGCCCAAGAUGAAGAUCAGCGAGGAUCCUGAGAAAAGCACUGUCCCCGGGAGGAAAGAUGUGUACAGGCUAGUAGACGCUGAGGGCCAUCCUUUUCUGGACCUGGUGUGUCUCGCUGUGGAGCCUCCUCCAGAGGCAGGAGCCACUCUGCGCUGUUUCCCUCUGGGGUGUGAUAGCGCCUCUAUCUCUGUCACCCCAGCUCAGGUCACCUGUCUGCGCCAGGAAGUGUUUGUCAACGGACAGGUCACACACCCUCUGUGCAGCGCUGCAGAAACUAGAGCAAAGGUCCAGAGCUCCCUCCAGACUCUGCACCCUCGACACAAGAGGCUGAAGGAGCCAGACGCUUAUACAGUGGCGCUGUCAGAGAAACUCCACAACCUGGUCACAGAGAUUGGAAGAGGAAGCUCCAACAACAGCAACUUUCUAUUAGCCAACUAAGAGUCAUCUCCUGUUUUUUUGCCUUUUUAUUGACCCUCUUUUCAGAAGUGCCUCACACUUACAGGACAUUUGUGAAACCUGGUCCGAAUGAACCGAGUGUUACAGUGUAAACACCACACCCUCCAAACAGGAAUACACUAAUGUGCUGGAGCCUCUGCCAUUCAAAGCCAAUGUCUAGAAAACAGUUCCAGUUGAUGUAAAAGCUUCAGCUCUAACAGGAUCUCCUGAGGGAGGCUGCAAACUAUGGUUGAAAUCAACUGAAAAAGCUUGGAAGAAGACCUUAAGCUGAGAUUUUAGGUUUGAGGUUUUCAUACGUCAGUAACUUCUGUGAACGUUGGGGUACGAGAGGCCGAUAUUUUGAAUUAAGGGCUGGCUGAAACGUACAAAGUUUAUAGUAAGAUCACGUAAGAUGCAUUAAUCAGCUGUUUCCAGCAAACAGGCAGACACAGUCAGCAACUAGCUGGGAACACAGUGGAGCACUUAGCAGCUAACGAGUCAGAUAUUUCUCUCAGGAGUUGGUUGGUGGAGACCAAAUCAGAGCAAAAAGGGGUGAAUGUUGGACUUGGAUUCAUCAGGGGGACACGAGCACGACCGCAGUGGGACGAUAACGUUGCUGCUAACACAACAGCCAGAACAACUUCAGAAUACGUCGACUCUUGAUUUGAGUUUUUCUGAUCCUAGCGACCAAAAAUGGAUUCAUGUAGCUUUAAUUUUAGCCAAGAUUUUGUAUUCUUACCAAUUUUUAAAACAGAAAAAAACACUACAAUUGAAGUUUCCCAGUAUCUUUUACUGGGUGCUUUCAGGUUUGUGUUUAAAGUCGUCACUGCUGGAAACUGUGAUAAUGCAAGCUGCUAAACGACUGCACUCAUUUUAAACCAGAGUUGUCCUACCGUCCUUCAAACAGAACACCUGAUUGUUUUUUAUUAAACUGCCGAGAGGAGGAACUGAUCAUGUGCAACCUCUACAGGAGGCGGCCGAGUGCCAUGCUAUCGACUAAUGUCUCACAGGUGCAUUUUCUGUCAUUUCAAACUCUUGCUGCUCAUGUGUGGGCCAUUAAAGGCAACUGCAGAGGA